GCGUUGCGGGCCAUUCGCGUUGGGGCCUCGAAUUGGAGCAGUUACAGGUCUUAACCCUCUGAUGGAAUUCCUAUAAGAAGUUCGCGGGCGACUCUGCAGGAGGCUACUCAGCGAUUCUGUUAUAUUGCAUCCUCUGCUUUUCUAGCGCUGCUUCUUCCGUUUUUCCUAGUUCCUAGUUUCCUGCUGUUCACCACCGCCACGCGAGAGACCCCACAUUCAGCGACGCUAGGCUUCAGGAAUGAUUGCUGCUCGAAUGCCUGCCGCUACAUCAUUCUCCUCAUUCGACAUCAACCCAGCGCGAGGGGCGCAAAUGCGUCGCGCGGAGCCCGCAGCCUGCGACGACCUGCGGCGUAUGUCACCAUGUCAAUCAGCAGCUCUAAAUGGCCUAGAAGGCCAGUUUCAACGAGCGGUGGUGCUCGUGGACAGCGUGGGAACUGGCCGCGCUCCUGCAGGCCUCCUACGCCACCACCACAGCGACGGCAAGCAGGACUUGGGAGUAAACUCUCGCACGGAGCAGCACGCUUCAACGUCCACGGCAUCGCCGCAAGGCGUCGGCUUUAGUAACACGCCCGCUGGGGGCGUCAGCGCCGUGACGGUGACCGCGGAGGGCGCGCUAGACGAGUACCGCUUCAACAUGUUCAUGAACGACCUCAUGGCGGAGAAGAAGUCCGACAUUGUGGGCUUCAAGGGCGUGCUGUGCGUGCAGGGUUGCGGCAACACGAAGUUCGUCGUCCGCGGUUCUCGGGAAGGCCUAGGGUACGGUCCGGCGGAGCAGGAGUGGCAGCCUCUGGAGCAGCGCAUCAACCAAAUGGUCUUCAUUGGGCGAGGGCUGGACAGGGAGGAGCUGACGGCAGGCUUCAGCACUUGUGUGCAUGCACCUGCACCCCCGGCGGUGCCGCUGCCGCUGUGGCCUGGCUGCAUAGCGUGUGUACCUCAGCAGGCGCAGGCAUGGGGCGCUACUUGCUGAGCUGUGGAGCACUCGGUUCCACUCUCGGUCGCUGAAUGCUUCUAUUUGGCUGUGGCUGGGCUGGUUGUGUGCAGACCAUACAUGGGCUGUUUCGUUGAUCAUUGCAACUUCAUCCGCAGACUGUGACGCACAUGAAAGAUUGCCGAUUGCCGUGCCCUGGCUUGUUGGCAUGGUUUGGAGCUAUACUGCUAGGUUUUAAAGCAAUUAGCCCUUCCUGAUUCUUCUCAGCAUUAAUAAUUCAAGAUAACUCAUUGAUUCAUGCUCAACAUGUACGCGUCCGCAUGUGCCGUCCUGCUGGUUUGUGGCACAUGACGCAAGCAGCGCACAGCAUGUUGCGUGUGUUGGCUCGUGCAUGGUGUGCCGGUUUGUUGCGUUUGCUCUUGUGUGUUUCUCCACCACGAACAAGUUGCGUGCCGUGCGCUGGACGGCUGCGGGCACAUGCGGCAUUACGCUACGAUGAUGGUGCUUUCGGGUGUGCGAUAGAAGGUAAUAACAACCCCGAGACAAUGUAUGUUUAUAGCUUGCGUGGGCGGUCUGACAGACAGGCAGGACACUGCACUCCAGUACCAAACAGGAUGACGGGUAGGCAGUAUUGUUCACUCCUAAUGUACCUAAAAGUCGUUACGUGAUAUGAUGGGUACCUGUGAGGGCGGCAGACGCGCUGAUGUGCAGGUGCAGCGGGCUCAAUACGAAGCAUACAGCCAGCAGCACGGCAAGUGAGAUACACGGCAAGUGCAUGUACCGUGUACAUACAUGACCCUGGCGGUCAGUUAUGCAGUUUGGUGGUGAGACGGGCUUUAACGAAGUGCUUGCUAGUGAAUGCGAAUGCAAGACGCCGUCGCGAGCUCCUUUCGCUGCACGGCAUAGUGGGACGGCUGUAAAAAGGAGGCCAGCUGUGUCAAUCACCGACGAAAGUCAGGUCCCGGUGCUGUCAUGGGGUUAGUUGCGGACUGCUCUCCCCUGCAGGCUACCGAGGGCAGACACAUGCAAGGUGGAGGAGUCGAGAGGAUGAUGUGCUGCGUUGUUCUUACAGUAAAAGGACUGCCUAGUAGAUGACAUAGCCCAUUUCCGCAACAGGGCACUACAGAGGAUAGAGGCGACCCCCCAAGUAUGGCAGCAGCAAGUCACCCGAAAGCCCGUUGAGACUCCGACUGCCCGGCAGCCGGUCGUGAAUCCAGCCUACCGGUGUCACGUUCCUAGCUACGGUCAGUGCAGACAAUGCGGUGGUGGUGGAGAAGGAUUCGGGCCAUGCAUGCAGCAACACAUGCGGCGGGCGCUGUGAUUCUUGACGCUCAUGAGUUGUGGCCUUGAACAUGCAGUUUGUAACUUGCUCUGUGG